AUGGAUGGAGCCUCCUUGGCUGAGGCGGCUCUGCCUAGAAGGGAAGCCCAGCGGCGAAUGUCUGGGCAGAAAAAGGACUGCCACAUGGACGACGCGACGCUACGGCAAGCACGGAGAAUGCCGCCUACGCGGCAGACAAACGAACGGGAACGACAAGGCCACAUCAAAGCUGCAGGCAGCGCAGAGCCGGCGGAGCAAAAGCCCCAGCUGGUUUCAACUAUCGGAUGGGGGCUCAAAGUGGCAAGUGCCGUAGCGAACAGUGUCAAGUGUCAACGAGUGGCGGACACGAGCCGAGCGAGUGCUCUGUUGAGCUCGGCCGCUACGACUGCGCUACAAAUGGACAACAUUCGUGUCAACAACAACAAUGCCCCUCUUCGUGUCUUUGUUGCUCUGCUCGGACCGGCCCCGUCUCUUGGACUCGUUUGCAGAGGGCAAAAAAGGGUCCUAUUGUGGUUCUCGUGCUGGACCGUGAGGCACAAUGUGGGCGGGCGGCCAAGGGCGAGGCGGACGAGGCGCAUGAAAGACCCUGAAUUUCGGAAAUGCAACCAAGCGGGACGGAUCUUCAUGAGGCUCACCGCCCGGAGCGCAGGAUCGUCGUCAGGACAGCCGAGCAGUUCCCCCUUGGAGGGCACUAUAUUGUUGGGCAUUACAUGGGCCAAAGACGGCUGCGGUCCUAUCGAAGAGGUUGUCCAGUCCAAAUUCGAUCAUGGUGUUGUCAACGACGAGCUGGAGUCGAGCCGCCACCCGCACGUAUUUGCCAUGACACUUUUCGACACAUGCAGGUACGAAGACGCCAUAAAAUUGUCCUCUGCCCAGGCUGGAGACGCUCCGGAUGGGGUCAAGGAAACAGUGUCGGAGAUUUUAGGACAACUGUCAGCAAUGCCUGAGUCAGAUACCUAG